AUGUCUGCCGACUACCAAGGACAAGAUCCCAUCAAGCUCGCCACUCAGGCUGAGCAGGACCUCAACUCUCACACUGCUAAGCACGGUCAUGAUGCCAACCUCUCUUCCAAGCAUGGUCACGGUGCCAGCGACAGCACCACCGAGUCUGGUGUUGACGAGAGCGUUCGCAACAAGUUCCCUGGUGCCGAUGUCACCUACGGCAGCGCCGCCUCCGGUGCUGGCAACAACAGAGACAUUCCCUUGAGCGAGGGUGGUGACAUCAACCCCUCCACCGGCAAGCUUUACAAGGCUGGUGACUUCGAGGGUGCUGGCGGCCCUGAGACCAAGGCCGACAUCCAUCGCGAGAACGCUGGUGGCAACGACGAGGUCCGCUCCAACAUCCGCAACUAA